AUGUCUUCUACAUCAGAAGGAUUUAAACUUUCUAAUACUGAAUGGAUAGCAAGUUCAAGACGCAAGUCUGAACAAAGUUUGGCAAGAUAUCAACCGGAAACUGAAAUCCAAUAUAGUAUGAAACUUUGCUCAAACAUUUGGAUUAAAAUAGAUAAACAUUAG